AACAGCGGUGGGUCGGGCGCCCCGCCUACCGGGCGAGACGUCUCCCUCCUAUUGGUCCGAUAGAAUGCCGCAGCGUGCGAGGAUUGGCUGGACUAAGUGUCAGUUAUUCCGCGGGUGUCCCCCCCCAUCUCGGGAAGGCAGAAGAGAUCAUGACAUCUGUUAAAGAGCAGGAGGCCAUCAGGAAACUCAUGAUUUUCCUGCAAGAAUGGGACAGUGCUCACAGAGUUGCUCGAAGCCACAUCCUAGACAACUUCAUUAGAAGCAAUAAUGGCAAGACAGAACCAGAGCUAGAGCUGGAGUUCUCCCAGGGAGCCAGCUUGUUUCUGGCUCGCCUGGCAGCAUGGCUGAGGAUGACCUACACGUACAGCACGUGCAUCAAGAAGCUGCUCAAGUCCAUUGGCAUCUUCUUAUCUGCUGCAAGCGGACGCAGAUACAUUAUUGAAUUUCUGGAGAUCGGAGGUGUCUUGACGCUCCUGGAAAUACUAGGGCUGAACCACCUGAAAGAAGAGGACAAAAGGGAGUCUGUAAAGCUGCUUCAGCUCAUUGCAGACGCUGGCAGGAAGUACAAGGAGCUCAUUUGUGAAAGCUACGGUGUGCGAUCCCUUGCUGAGCUGCUGGCCACCUGCAGCUCAGCAGAGGCUCAGGAGGAGGCGCAGAUCUUGCUGGGCUCUCUGGGCCGCGGCAACCCCAAGUACCAGAACCAAGUGUACAACGGGCUGCUGGCAGUGCUGCCACGCGGCUCUCCCCAUGCCCAGCAGCUGGCUCUGCAGACACUGCACAGCAUGCAGGAGCUGCUGGGAGAGACUCCCUCGGCUGUAGUGGCGCCGCUGCUGGCGGUGCUGGGCUCGGUGUACCCCGAGGUGCAAUACGAAGCCGCCCAGCUGCUGCGCACCCUCGCGGCCCGCCGCGCCCCGCCCGCCCUGCUGCCCGGCCUGGUGGCCCUGCUCACCCCGCCCGGGAGCAAAGCACGUGCCAAAGACCCAACGCUGCGCCCGACGGAGCCGAUGCCGGCCCACGUUCAGCAGGCAGCUGCUGCUAAAGCUGUCGGCAUAUUAGCAAAGGAGUCAGCAGAAGUGGCUGAAGAGCUGAUCCAGCUGAAAGUGGUGCAUGGCCUGAUGGUUGCAAUGGGGAACCUGGAUUAUCCACUCAGCCAGAGAAAUGCCAGCAUCUCCCUGGAGUAUUUUGUCCGCACAUAUCCCUUUGUGGAGGAGCAAGUAAGGAAGGCAGUAGGGCACAUGCUGUUCCAGCUCUUUAAGAACUGUCCUGAGACCUGGUACACAAAAAUAGAUCCAGUCCAGGCUGAAGAAUUGGUCUCCAAUCUAGUGGACAGCCCCAAAGACACAAUGAAGAUGCAACCUGCAGAAGGUGAUCAGGAAUGACUGUCCACCAAAAUAAAAAAAGCAACUUCAAUUCUGAGCCUGAACCAAACCUGUGAAGAUUCAUUAUGCUCCUGAAUGUUCAUAACUUUUCUCUGGAGUGUUCUCUUCCUGUUAAGGAGGGGACCAUGAGGUCUUUUAUGACAUAAAUGAAAGAAAGCUACCAAGUCUGAAGUAUGCAAGUUUUAUCUUGUUAACAUAGGACAGAAGUCACAGACACUGCAGCCAUUGUACAGAGCCAUGCAACACAGCAUCAGCAAGGAAAAAUUCAAAUACCACUGAUCCUAGUGAAAGAUGCAAGGCUUUAGCUGUUUCUUUAGCUGUUGUGCUGAGAUUCAAAAUACAAACUGCUUUCCCUGCAACAAGAGUUUGCCUAUCCUUUUUCACUCAUCAUUUCAUCAGAGAGAUGUAAAGGCUGCUCUUCACAGGUAUUCCAGGGUUCAGCAAGACCCCCAGGGAACUCUAGAGAUCUGUUCUUACAGGUGCCCAAGACCAACCACAGAGCAUUCAAAUCCACACCCCCACCAUUUGCUACCAAGCACCUGAGUUCUCUGGGUUCUUUAGAUUUCAUUCAAGUGGUAUCAUACCCUACUAGCUCGUAUUAAAGUAAACACCUAGUGGUGUUCUGCAUAAUCUGUAGGGUUAUGUCAGGGAAUGUAAUACAGCAGCCAUAUUCUUAGUGCACACUAUAGAUGGAGGUCACCAUUCAGGACACUGCCAACAGGGUAUACUUCCUACAAAAAAACAGGGCAGUUUGAAGUCUAACAUGAGACACUCUUCCUCUGAAGAAAGACAGGACAGUAAAAACAUAUUCUGCAAUAACAGUAGAAUCCUUAAGUCAGG